AUGCAAUUGAAUUUUCUUUUGUGUGUUUUUAUAUUUUUAAUGGUUUUCCAUUUAAAUAUUUUUAAUAAGGGUAAAAGGCAGAAUUUAGCAUUGGCUUAUUUAAAUAAUUUAAAAAAUUCCUAUUUUAGUGGCGUUAGUAGCGGAUCUGAGAGUGUAAAUAAAAGUGAAGAAAGUAGUGAUAAGAAUAAUAAUAAGAUAGCCCAAAAUUUUUUCUGGAAAAAAUAUCAGAGAAAUUUCGAGAAUAAUAAUUUGAGUGAGAAUCAAGAUAAUAAUAAUAAGAAUAUAAUAUAUAGUGGUUCAAAUAUAUAUAAUAGUGAAAUGGUGAAUAAUAAUACUGGUAUUGAUGUUAACAUGAUGGGUGAUAAUCCUGCUGCUAGAUUAGAAGAAUUAAGAAAUAUUAUGAAGAAGAAUAAUAUUGAUGUAUAUAUUUUAAUCAAUAGUGAUGAGCACAAUUCUGAGAUUAUAAAUGAGAAAGAUAAGAAAAUAGUAAAAAUAACAAAUUAUAGUGGUGCUGAUGGUAUAUUAAUAGUAACAAAAGAUAAGCCUAUAUUAUAUGUGAAUGCAUUAUAUGAAUUACAAGCUAUGAAUGAAUUAGAUCAGAAUUUAUUUACUUUAAAGAUUAGUAGAAUUGAAAAUAGGGAUGAAAUAUUUGAAACUAUAUCUUCAAUGGAAUUUAAUACAAUUGCAUUUGAUGGAAAAAACACAAGUGUUGUAUUUUAUGAGAAAUUAAGAAAAGCUGUUUUGAAUGCAUAUCCAAAAAAAAAAAUAAUAGAAAAAAUUAUUUACAAUAAUAAUUUUCAUGAUGUUAAUAAGAAGGAUGAAAAUAUUAUAAAUUUUCUUGUUUUAGAAAAAUCUUUAGUUGAAGUUAAAGAUUAUCCAAUUAAUAAUAAAACCUUAUAUAUACAUGAUAGAAAAUUUAAUGGUGCAUGUGCAGGUGAAAAAAUUGAUAAAUUAAAACAAUCUCUUAUGUAUGAUAUGAAGAAUGUAGAUAAUUUACUAUUAUCUGAAUUAGAUGAAAUUGCUUAUCUUUUAAAUUUAAGAGGUUAUGAUUAUGAAUAUUCACCAUUAUUCUAUUCAUAUUUAUUAUUUCAAUUUGAUAGAGAAGAACAAGAUUUUUCUAAAAUUGUUUUUUUUACAAAAGUAAAAAAUUUAACAGCUGAAGUUAAAAAUCUUUUAGAAAUUAAUAAAGUUAUUAUAAAAGAAUAUGAAGAAGUUGUACCAUACCUAAGAGAUGUUGUUAUACCAUCAAUACCAAAACAUAAUGAUGAUAAUCCUGAUUUUAAAAAGUAUGAUAUAUCAUUAAGUCCAUAUAUCAAUUUAAUGAUAUAUAAACUUUUUGAUAAAAAGAAUGUUGUCUUACAAAAUUCACCUGUAGUCAAUUUAAAAGCUGUAAAAAAUGAUAUAGAAAUUGAUAAUAUGAAAGAAGCACAUAUAUUAGAUGGUCUUGCUUUAUUACAAUUUUUCCAUUGGUGUGAAGAAAAAAGAAAAACAAAAGAAUUAUUUAAUGAAACAGAAAUGUCUUUAAGACAUAAAGUAGAUUAUUUCAGAUCAACCAAAAAAAAUUUCAUUUUCCCAUCAUUUUCAACUAUAUCAGCAAGUGGUUCAAAUGCAGCUGUUAUACAUUAUGAAUGUACAGACAAAACUAAUGCAAAAAUUAAACCAGCUAUUUAUCUUUUAGAUUCAGGAGGACAAUAUUUUCAUGGAACAACUGAUGUUACUAGAACAACACAUUUUGGUGAACCAACUCCUGAAGAAAAAAGAAUUUAUACAUUAGUUUUAAAAGGACAUUUACGUUUAAGAAAAGUUAUCUUUGCUUCAUAUACUAAUUCAUCAGCUUUAGAUUUUCUUGCACGUGAAAAUUUAUUCAAUAAUUUUAUGGAUUAUAAUCAUGGUACUGGUCAUGGGGUUGGUUUAACUCUUAAUGUUCAUGAAGGUGGUUGUUCUAUAGGCCCAGUUGGUGGUGCACCUCUUAAAAAAAAUAUGGUACUCUCAAAUGAACCAGGAUAUUAUAUGAAAGAUAAAUUUGGUGUUCGUAUAGAAAAUAUGCAAUAUGUUAUUAGCAAAGAAAUUACAGAUACAACUGAAUAUCUUUCAUUUGAUGAUUUAACUAUGUACCCAUAUGAAAAAAAAUUAUUAGACUUCUCACUCUUAACAAACAAAGAAAUUAAAGAACUUAAUGAAUAUCACACAACCAUUAGAAAUACAUUAUUACCUUUAGUUAAACAAAACCCACAAGAAUAUGGACCAAGUGUUGAAAAAUAUCUAAUAGAUAUAACAGAACCAAUUGCGAUUCAUCUCAAUUAA